CCAACCCAACGCACUCCCACUUCCAAACCUCACCGUUCAACAUCUCCAUUAUGUUUCACUCCAUUAGCCCAUUGUGCUCACCUAAUUAAACUACUAUUUUCACAAAACGCACUUCCGAUUAGCUCCACUCUCCCACCUCCAUAUAUAUGCGAAUCGCCGAAACCCAAUUCAAUCUCUCUUCAGCUCACUAUUCCGACGUUACCCACUAUGUUUUUCACCUCCAUACUCACCCGCCUUACCUCCCGUUGGCCAGUCAUCGUCUAUGCCGCCACGUGGACGACCAUUCUAACGGUGAUGGUGGCGGUGGCGUCGUUCGCGCCGGAGGUUGCAUUCGUAUCGGCGAUAUCCUCGUCCUCUUCGUUCUCGAAAGCGUGCGUGACGGAAGGGUCCGUUAGAGUGCCGUUAGACUUGCCGGGAGAGAUCUUCUGCUUCCCUGCUCACCUGUUCAGCAAGUCUAAGAUUGAUCUAAUCGUCCCUCCUGUCUUUGCUGCGGUUGUGGUGGCUGGGUGUUCUUGCCUUGUGCGAGCUGUGGGCCUUUGGGAAGCCGAUCCGGCCCAUUAAUAUAUAUUUUUUAUUUUGUUUUUUGUUUUUUCAACUAGUAUAAUAAUUAAGAAAAGAGGAACUUUAUUA